CGGAGCCGCCGCCGCCGCCGCCGCCGCCGCCGCCGCCGCCGCCGCCUCAACGCCGGGGCCGCCUCACGAAGCCGCGGGCGAGGAGCUGGAGGAGGAAGCGGGGCUGGGGGAAGGGGAGGCGGGAGAAGCCGCCAUUGAGGACCCGGAGCUGGAGGCCAUCAAGGCCCGGGUGCGGGAGAUGGAGGAGGAGGCCGAGAAGCUGAAGGAGCUGCAGAACGAGGUGGAGAAACAGAUGAACAUGAGCCCCCCCCCGGGCAAUGCCGGCCCGGUGAUCAUGUCCCUGGAGGAGAAGAUGGAGGCCGACGCUCGCUCCAUCUACGUGGGCAAUGUGGAUUACGGGGCCACGGCCGAGGAGCUGGAGGCGCAUCCCCCCAGCUUUGCCUACAUCGAGUUCUCGGACAAGGAGUCGGUGCGGACCUCCAUGGCUCUGGACGAGUCGCUCUUCAGAGGGAGGCAGAUCAAGGUGAUCCCCAAGAGGACGAACCGCCCCGGGAUCAGCAGCACCGACCGCGGCUUCCCCCGGGGGCGCUUCCGGGGGCGGGGGGGGGGCUACGGCUCCGCCCGCUCCCGCUUCUACAGCGGCUACGCCCGGCCCCGGGCACGGGGAUACAGGGGCCGAUCCAGAGCCACCUCCUGGUACUCCCCGUAUUAAAAACCCCCAAAUUUCCCCUUUUUCCCCCCAAAAAAAAAACCAAAAAAAAAAUCCCUCAAAUUCGGGGUGGGGGGAGGGGCCCGCCUGCCCCUCCCCCACCCCAUAAAAAACCCCAAAUUUCUCUUUUUUCCCCCCAAAAAAAAACAACAACAAAAAAAAAAAAUUCCCAGUUUGUUUUUUGCAGGUGGAGCCCGGAGCCGGAAGAAAGGGGGGGGG